AUUAUUAAACAAAACCACACUUUCAGGCUACAUCGUUUCCAGACGCUUUUCAUCUUCAUUUCCAACAAAAACCCUAAAGCUUCUCGUCGUUUCCAGACGCUUUCCAUCAAUUGUUUCCAGAUUCGUUUUAGAUUCUCGUCGUCUCUUGACCGGAGCCGUAACGACGUUUCUUCACUCCCUUAAUUCUUUUUUCUCCAGAUUCUCGUCGAUUCUUCUCCGGUUUCAAACGUGAAUGUAUGGCAGCUGUAUGCAGGCUUCAAACGUGAAUGUAUUUGACUGAGUUUUCUAAAAGAAUCCGUAAAUUGCAGUUUCGAUUUCUUCCGUCUGAACCGACAAAGACUUCAUCAUCAUCACGAAAAUGGAUCGAAGUUGGAUGUAUGAUAGAGUAAACUCCGAUAGGUAUGGUUUGAAAGAUGGAUUUGUUAGUGGAGUUGAGGAUUUUGUCAAUAAAGCCAUGAAUCGACCACAAUUUUUAAACGAGGGGGGGAUAAGGUGUCCUUGUAAAAAAUGCGGUUGCAUUCUCUUGAAAACGCCUAAUGAGGUCAAACAUCACUUGUACAAAUAUGGUUUUUUGCCUAACUAUUAUACAUGGAUUGAUCAUGGAGAAGCGAAUCAAAGUGUAGACAUUGAUGGUCAUUCUAGUAGCGGCGGGAAUGUUGGUCAAGAUAAUACAGGCGAUGAAGAACAAUUUGAUGCAAUGAAUGAAAUGGUCUCUGAUGUUUUCGGGCCAUUUGUCAAUGCCCCAAAUGUGAAUGCUGGUAUGGAAAACGAAACAGUUAGUGAGGGUGAGGUACCAAAUGAAAAAGCUCAACGAUUUUAUGAUGAAUUGAUCUCUGCAAACCAACCGAUUUAUGAAGGAGCUUCUGAAUCCAGACUAUCUAUUUCAGUUAAGUUGUUGGCUGCCAUGUCUAAUUGGCAUGUUCCUCAAAAGGCCAUGGAUUUUUUCUCCCAAAUGUUAAUCGAUGUUUGUCCAACUAAAGGAUGCUUACCUGAAAAAUAUUACCAAGUGAAGAAGUUGGUGUCUAAGUUAGGAUUAGAGGUUGAGAAAAUUGAUUGUUGUGUGAAUGGAUGCUUAUUAUAUAUUAAAGAAGAUAGCACUUUAACUGAAUGUAGAGUUUGUGGAGCUGCUAGGUAUGUUCCUCGAAAGUCUGGAAUGGGAAAAUACAAAGAUGUGGCAGUGAAGAGAAUGUUCUAUUUUCCAAUCAUUCCUAGGUUACAACGACUUUUUGCUUCAAAGGAAUCUGCAGCUCAAAUGAGAUGGCAUCGUGAGAACCCCAGCGAUCCAAAUAUUUUACGUCACCCAUCUGAUGGAAAAGCAUGGAAACACUUCGAUGAAGUUUAUCCCGAUUAUGCUAGUGACCCAAGAAAUGUAAGAUUGGGUUUAUGUACGGAUGGGUUUACCCCUUACAUUCAAGCCUCUAGUACUCCAUAUUCAUGUUGGCCAGUAAUAGUCACACCCUACAAUCUCCCUCCCGAAAUGUGCAUGACCAAACCAUACUUAUUCUUGACUUGUCUUGUACCUGGACCGUACAAUCCUAAGGCUAAAAUAGAUGUCUACUUGCAACCUUUGAUUGAUGAUUUGCAGCGCUUGUGGAGAGAUGGCAUUUUGACAUAUGAUAUUUCUAUGCAACAAAAUUUUGUAAUGAGAGCGCAUUUAAUGUGGACAAUCAAUGAUUUUCCAGCAUAUGGUAUGUUGUCUGGAUGGGGGACACAAGGUAGAUUAGCAUGCCCUUAUUGCAUGGGCAGUACAGAUUCUUUCACCUUAAGAUAUGGUGGAAAAAGUUGUUGGUUUGAUUGUCAUCGUAGGUUUUUACCAAUGGAUCAUCCGUUUAGAAAAAGUAAAAAGAGAUUUUCAAAAAACAAGAUUAAGAAAAAAAAACCACCAUACAUGUUUACCGGCCAUGAUGUCUGGGAAGCAGUUCGUGAUUUUCCAAAAGUUACAGACAGUGAUUGGGCCACCAAAUUUCCAGGGUAUGGGAAACAACAUAAUUGGAUCAAAAGAAGUAUAUUUUGGGAUCUUCCAUAUUGGAAGGACAACUUGUUAAGGCACAACCUUGAUGUGAUGCACAUAGAGAAAAAUGUAUUUGAUAAUGUGUUUUACACUGUCAUGAAUGAUCCUGCAAAAACAAAGGACAAUGAGAAGGCAAGAUUGGAUUUACCUCUUAACUGUUUACGCGGGGAUUUAGAGAUGGUUACUCUACCUAAUGGAAAGAUGGCUAAGCCAAAGGCAAAAUUUUCUUUGACAUCCGAAGAGGCAAAGUUAGUAUGUAGAUGGAUUAAGGAACUAAAAAUGCCUGAUGGUUAUGCCUCGAAUCUUUCUAGGUGUUCUGAUGUCACCAAGGGUAGGAUGAAGGGGAUGAAAAGCCAUGACUGUCAUGUUUUCAUGGAGUGUUUGCUUCCAAUUGCUUUUCGUUCCUUGCCUCCUGAGAUAUGGAAGCCGCUAACUGAGUUAAGUCGUUUUUUCAAAGACUUGUGUUGUAAUACCUUGAAGUUGGAAGACCUUGUUAGGUUGGAACAAAACAUUACCAUCAUCAUAUGCAAGCUUGAAAGAAUUUUUCCUCCAGGUUUCUUUGACUCAAUGGAACAUCUCCCGAUUCACCUACCUAAUGAAGCAAUCCUCGGUGGUCCCGUGCAAUAUCGUUGGAUGUAUCCAUUUGAAAGAUUGAUGGGAGACUUCAAGCGUUCGGUGAAAAAUAAAGCUAGGGUUGAAGGUUCAAUAUGCACUGCCUACUUGCACCGUGAAACUACUCAUUUUUUCUCUCACUAUUUCAAGACCUUUAGUUUGUUUCCAAGUACAAGUUUAAGGAAUGAUCCUCGACCAGAUCAUGAGAAUUCCCAACCAACACUUUCAGUUUUUAGCAAAUGUGGCCGUCCUAGUGGAAAAUCUCGUGACUAUUGGGUGAUUGAUAAGGAAUGGAAGUCUGCUCACGUGCACAUCCUAAUUAAUUGUGACGAGGUUAAACCGUAUCUUGAAUUGUUCAUGCAAUAUCAUUCUAUCAAUGAGGAUGAUGCUUCUGGUAUUAUACACGAGCAAUUUCCAUCAUGGCUAAAGGACUAUGUGAAUGAUGAAAGGAAUGGAACAACUAGUCCACACCUGAAGGCAUUAGCUCUCGGUCCUAGUCCGAAGGCAACAUCAUGGAACAUAUACUUUGUUAAUGGGUACAAGUUUCACACUCAAGAAUGGAGUCAUGGUAAAAAGACUACUAAUUGUGGGGUAUAUGUUAAAGGUCUUACAAAUGGAGGAGAAAAUGAUUUUUAUGGCAUCAUCCAACGUAUCCUUCAAUUGGAAUACCAUGGCUUUAGCAACAAGAUUGCCCUAUUUUAUUGUGAUUGGUUUGAUCCAACAAAUAAUAGUGGCACAAAAGUUAUUACUGAGUACAAUAUUGUUGACAUUAAGAUGAAUAAACGAUAUCGUCAGUAUGACCCAUUCAUUCUUGCACAAGAAGCAAAACAAGUGUAUUAUGUCCCUUAUCCAGAAACGUGUAGAAAUAUGCGUGGAUGGUGUGCAGCAAUCACCACAAAACCAAGGGGUUAUGUCGAGAUAGACAACACCGGGGAUGAAAUACCUUAUCAAUCCGAUGAGAUGUUACCAGUUGUGCCUAUUACAGAAGUUGAACAAAUACGUGGUUUAGCUGAUGGGGGGUUAAUUGAUGACGAGGUCGAGAUAACAAUGACAACUGAACCAAUGACUCAAGAUUGAGAUAACCCUUUUUUGUGUUUCUAUAUUUUUAGUUUUUUGUUUAGUAGAGAUUUAAAAGGACAUUUUAAAAGAGAUGAGUAGUUCAUAAUCUUUUCAUGUUUUAGUUUCUAUGUAUUAAAUUUUGUUUAAUUGUAGGACUUGUUGCCGCAAUUCUAUGUAUUACAUUUUGUUUAAUUGUAGGACUUGUUGCCGUAAUUCUAUGUAUUACAUUUUGUUUAAUUGUAGGACUUGUUUAAUUGUUGUUCCUAUUGCUGUUUGAUCUUAUUAUAAAUGUGAAAAUGUUGUGGUAUACUAAUGAUCUGAUAUACUAAUUGUAUACUAAUGAUGUGAUAUGUGAAAAUGUUAUAUAUAUAC